UUUCACAAAAUACCAGGGUUCGAGGGAAAAAAUAAUACAUUUUUUUGGGGAGAGAAGGCUAUUUGUUUGUUGAAACUGUGAAACUGUGAAAACUUGAUCUGAGACCGAAAAUCGGAUCUCGGUUUUGGGUUUCGUGGACAAAAAAAGGCGACUAAUUGCGGCACUCACCCACCCACUCACCGACACCAACACACAAUCGCCCUCUCGUGUAAAACCAAUACAACAACCAACAACAACAUGCAAUCAUUGCAAAGUAGUUAAAUAAUUCUGCCCUGUCUGCGCUUUAUUUCCUUCUUCAUUUUUGGUUCUUCUCGUUUAAUUUCAACAAGUUUCUGUUCUCGCUUUUCCCUCUCUCCGGCCCCCUUUCCCUCCACCUACACAAACACCAGCAAACACUAACACACCUGACGCACACCGACACCAACACUAGUACAGGUCUCGUGUGACGUACGGCGCGAAAUUGUCGUCUUUGGCUUUUUGUUUGUGCACUUUUCGCCAAUUCCCUUUGUGUUCUGUGACAAGAAAGGUGUAAGGGGUGGGAGAAACGAGCAGCACCUGCAAAAAAGGCGGCACGAGAUCGGCAGAAAGCAGAAGAAACAUCAGCAAAGCGACCGGCUCCCCAGCACACACACACUCUCACAUACAGCAAAAAUGGUCAAGGAAAAGCCCAACUCAACUCGUAUUUACGACAAGGAUGGUUUCAGGCGACGAGCUGCCUGCAUUUGUGUCAAGUCGGAGAAUGAGGCGGAGGUACUUCUGGUUACCUCCUCUCGUCGUCCGGAGUUGUGGAUAGUUCCAGGAGGCGGCGUGGAACCCGAGGAAGAACCCUCUGUGACAGCUGUACGCGAAGUCCUUGAAGAAGCUGGUGUAGUUGGUGAUCUAGGUCGUUGCCUGGGAGUAUUUGAGAACAACGAUCAUAUGCAUCGCACCGAGGUCUUUGUAAUGAAUGUGAAACAGGAACUGGACGAGUGGGAGGACUCACGCAGCAUCGGCCGUAAGCGGCAAUGGUUCACCAUCGAUGACGCCUUGUCGCAGUUGGCGCUGCACAAGCCCACUCAACAGCACUAUCUGAUGCAGCUGCAGCACUCGAAGACACUGGACAAUACGAAUCGCGUGGUGAACGCUACUCAUCCGCCCAAGUUGACCAAUGCCGCCACACCGGCCGCGUCGCCCACCACGGCAUAAAGACACCAGAGAGCAGAAAUCAUGCAUCUACACACCACAAGCCACACACCACACACUUAACCCAAAACUAAUCCAAAAACAAACAAAACAAUGCUAACCCCCUUAUCCCAUACACAUUUUGACAUUUUCGGAAAUUUACAAAUAGACAGGCAGUCUUCUAGAUUAUUUUGAUUAAGCGAAACCUAUGUUACCCCGCAUCCAGCCCCCUCUCACAUAGCCCCAUUUGCGUUUAAGUUUAAGUCAAUGCGUUCAUUCAUGUCUUUAGUAAUUGUAAUGAGAUCUAAAUUUAUGUGCGUAUUCUAUCUAGAGCGAUUGAAGUUAAGGAGGAGGAGAAGAAAGCAUUAACGCUACUCGAUCAAUGAAUGCUAUGCGAUAACUAUGUAAUUCAAUAUCUAUAAACACAAAAACCACAACAACAAAAAUGGACAUGUAAUAAUUUUUGAGCGAAUAGCACUUUUUGCAAACACGAAACUAAAACUAGAUAACUAAACCCAGGAGAAACGAUAUCUAUUAGAUUUUUCUACUCUUUUUUAUAAUUUACUCAAAAGGCAUCUUACUUGAAAAUUGGAUAAUGAUUCAAAACAAGCGCUAUCGUAAAACUUUUGUUAUUAUGCUAAGCGGCCUAAACAAUAAAAUGUAACCCUAAAUAGCGAUGACUAACGAAA